AUGCGUUUGCGAUCUAACCACGUCCUGGAACCGGUCGCCGAACGGCAGCCGCCGCGUCGCCGCCGUGGCACCCGAGGCUCAUCGGCACAGCCAGAGCCAGAGGCAGCGCCAAAAGCCACUGACCCGGAACCAACCUCGACUUCAGCUAAACCCACCCGGAAAGGCCGCCCUGCCAAAAAGAGCAAGGCAAAGAAGGCCUCCCAAAAGGAUGAGUUAGUUUCCUCCCCGAAUGUUUCUCCCAGCGUUUCCCGUAGCGUUUCCCCCAGCGUUCGUUCCCUUGCCUCCACCGAUGAUGAAGGCAAAACCCCACGUGAGGCACGCUAUGCACGCCGCCAAUUCAAAAGGUCGCCGACCAUGAUGCUUGCCCUCUCCCCAGUGGCAGAAGAACCUUCAUCCUCCCCAGCCCCCCUACCACCCCAACCCGCCCAUGCCCUUGGAUUACCCACCGUGGAGUCCCCUACCCGGACGACUCAAUAUGAGAGCCCAGCUUGUUCACGGGUGUUAUUCCCAGUGACAGAUGCUGCUACAGGCUUCAACGCAGCUUCUCAAAGCGGUGAUAUCUUCUACACACCCGCUGUGCAGCACUCAGUGCCGGCAACGGUUCUCAACCCCGCUAUCGUCUCCCCAGAACUGGAAGCGGUUGUGACACCAUCUGCGCCAUCCCCCAAGCCAGAUGUCUUCAAUGCCACUACUGCGCAAAGCCCAGUCUUGGACCACGCCGAGUUCUCUCCAAUGGCUGAUGUCUUUUACACCCCCGCUGUGUAUAGCCCAGUGCUUGAGCCGGACCUGACCCACAAUGUGUUCUCUACGGUGGCCGAGGUCUCAUCCCCCACUGUACACUACCCGGUGUUGGAAGCAUAUUCAAGCCCUGCCGAGAGCUCCCCAGUGUCGGAUGCAUUUUACACACCUACCCUGUUCUCCCCAGCGGCAGAGGAUGUACAUACUCUCGUUGAAGAGGAUGCAAUGGAAGGAGUGGUAUUCUCUAUUCCAACUUUACUGGAGGAUGUACUGGAUUCGCCGCCUGAGUCUCACGUUGGGACUCCCAUUCAGCCCAACACCCGUCUUCCCUCCCUAUGGCCCUCCCUUAUGGAUCCCCGCCCAUGGAUUUUCCCUUCUGCUUUUACCUCGCAGCCCACAGUUGGAAGUCCCGUUACUGAUCAAGCUAUGACCAGUGCCGAGCAUCCGUUUGAACCACAUGGAGAAGCCCAAUCCGAAAUCCCUAAGCCACCCACCGGCUUAUCCGCCCAGCCAAACAGCAGACGUAUGUUCUCCCAGCCAGCCCAAGGCCGACGAAAGUUGAAACCCUUCUUCUAUUGUCCCAAAGGAUAUAUCCCAGCCCGUCGUUUCGACAUUUCCUAUGGCAACCAGCUGACAAAUCGCCAAGAUGAAUCCAGAAAACGGACUAGAAGCGACGAGGAGGAAACCCCGGUGAAGCGCUACAAACUUGCACAGGCCAUAACUCCCCGUGGCUCGCUAAUUCAUCCUCGUCCCCGUACAACUUAUGCAGAUCGCACCCGGAGACGACAAGCCGAAGUGGGUGGACGAAUCCAUUCCACCAUGUUCCGUGUCCCUGAAUAUUUGGCCCAAAAAAGUGCAGAUGCAAGGUCUGCCCCUCCACCUAAUGACACUGAAAGCCAGGACCAGACUACGGCUGCCCCUACAAGUGCUCUUCCCCUUGAGGACCACACCCCUGCUGCUACCCCUGGAGCGCCCAGCAGCCCUGGAUGGGGACGAUGGAUGGUUGAUGGGGUCUCGCGGAGAUUGACGAGCCUUGUGAGCAGGCAAAGUUCCCCACAGAGAGGAAAUACUCUGCAUAAUCACAACCAUGAACAGCGACAAGUUCAACAUGAAGCUGGACCUGAUCACCAUAACCGGAACGUGAAUAUCAAUGGUACUUCAUCUUCAGCUUCUGCCCAGCCAUCAAUCCGUGACUCGGCUACUUCCACAACUCUUGCAGUUAAGGGCUCGAAGCAGGACCCCUCUCAGGGAGCCACUGCCGGGUCGCGCAACAGAUAUGGAGGUUAUGAUCUUUUCGGCGCUGGAUUUACCGCGGAGCAACGAGCCCGCUGGCACAUCAAUACAGCACCUGCCCCAACAUCGUCUGUGUCUACUGCGCCGAUUACUGCUGCCACAAAUGCGGCUCCAGCUCCAGUGCAGCCGCAUACCCCAGCCCAUGAAGAACCAGUCUCAUCGAAGCGCAAAAGGCAGCCAACCCCAGAGGUGAUCCCAAACCCGCCGGGCUGUAGCUAUGGGCUCAACGACGACUAUUUCAUCUACUCCGACGACGAAUGGGAUGCACAGGAAGCCAGCGGCGCAAAUAUCGCCCCUGGCAUGGAGCCAAGCAGCUCCAAUAAGGUUAGCGCCCAACGCUCACCGAACUCCAACAAACAGGGACAGUCUAAGACCCCUGAUUCCUCCUCCCGCCCAGAGAAGCGUGCCUCCAAAAGGGCGCGUGUCGAACGCCCGCCCAACUUUAACGACGCGGGCCACUUUGAGGUUCCGUACUCCAGUUCGGAAGCCUCGAGUUCGACCCGCAGCACCCCGCUCCCGACGGCUGGUUCAUCUUCUAGCCCCGAAAAGCCUGCUAGCCCGGAAAAGCGCGUCUCCAGAAGAUCGCGUGUCGAACGCCCACCCAACUUCAACCACGCGGGCCACUUCGAGGUCCCGUACUCCAGUUCUGAUACCUCGGGCUCGCCCCAGAGCAACCAGCGAUCUUCGCCCCCGACCAACCAACGAUCGUCGCCCCAGAGCAAUCAAAGCUCCUCUUCCCUAUCAAGAUUCCCCCGCGAUGGAGGUUCGGAUGUCUCCGUCGACGAUGUUGACCAACAGCGUCAUCAAGCGCAGUCAACCCCUCGCAAAGGGCAAGAGUUCUCGAAGACCAGCCCUCCGGACACGGAACUCAUCAAGAGGGCUCGGAAGCAGGCUGAACAGUACAAGCCGAAGACACCAAGUCGCCUGCGCGCCGCCCAUCGAUUCUCUAGCAGCAACACCAGCCUUGGUAACUCGCUGGUUGGACAGCACGAGAACGUCCCCCCGACGGAGGACCCUGCCAUUCGCCGCCGUCGCCUGAUGAGAAGGUCAACUCUGGCCGGGGCAUGCCCCCGUGGCGAUUUCAACAAUAUCGCCUGGCCAGAGUUUGACACCUGGGGCAACCGCCUCCGGUCCUUCAUUGACGACAACGUCGUCUCUUCCGGCAGAAGACACCUGGGGAAACUCCGGCCGGAGAAGCAGGGCGCUGUCAAUGCCCGCUUCAAGGCGGCCGUCGCCAAGAGGCGCGCCGGGGAGCGAGUGAAGGCCUCGGCCUUCAAAUUUGAAGAAUUGUGGAGAGUUUGA